AUGGACGCUGGCAGUUUAGUUGCUGGGUCACAUUACUUAGAAAAUCCGGAAGAACCAAUUGCAAAUCAACCACUAUUGAUUUCUGCUGGUUAUGAUCAAUGCAUUAAAUUUUGGGAUAUUGCAAGGGGUGAGGCACGAGAGAAUUUCGUUCAUAAAGACUCUCAAAUUAAUGUGACAAAUAUUUCUCGAAAUGGCUUAUAUUUGGCGAUUGCGGGCUGGCAACAUAUGCGUGUUUAUCAUUUAGGGGUGUCUCCUCCAACAUUGGUGACUUCAUGUGACACGAUGUACAAAAAUGUGACAGUGAUUGGUUUUGAUAGGCGUUGCAGAUGGUUUUACACUGCUGGCGAGGAUGGUUUUGUAAAACUCUGGGAAUUCCAUAGUUCCUUAAAUUGCCGAAGAUGUUUUCAAGUCAAAUCUGCAGUGAAUUGUGUUAUUACCCAUCCAGAUUGUAUGAUUCUAAUUAUAUCAGAUAUCUCCGGAGCAUUGUAUUUCUGGGAUAUACGAAGUGAUGUCAGCGAUAUAUUUGCAAACUUAGAUCUCGACAUAUUUGAGCAUGUCACUUAUGUUGAUAUCAAUAGAAUUGGUGAUACACUUGUAGGGGUAACAAAUAAGGGAAAAGUUAUAGUCUGGUCAGUAUCAGCAUCAUUCGAAUUGGGCUCUGCGUCCAGCACUGGUCUUACACUACAGCAGAAAUCAAAAACUAUUGCUCAUUCGAAAUAUGCUUUAAAAUGUCACUAUUCACCUGACUAUAAGUAUUUUGCAACAACCGGUGCUGAUGGUUAUGUGCAUCUAUGGGAUGCUACAAAUGUUACGAAACUCGUAAAGUCCCUUUUCGUUGCGUCUGAUUUAACAAAGUCGGUUCACUUAGAAAAGAUGGAAUCACGAUGGGUUUGGGAUUGUGCGUUUACAUCCGAUUCGAAAUAUCUGUUUACCGCAUCUGGUUGUCAGUUGAGGUUAUGGAAUCUUGAGACUGAAGAGAUAGUGCGCCAAUAUCAAGGUCACAGCAAAAUGAUAUCAUGUUUUGCAUUCCGAGAAGGUUGA